AUGCAGUAGAACCCCCUGGAAACUGAUUCAAAGGGAGGGGGAAGGGCAGAGCCCCUAUCGCCCAUCCCUUUACUUUAAUGGGGAGGAGCUGUAGACAUGUUCAGCAAUCAAUUCAAAUGUUUAGAUGUGUUCAGUAUUGGUACAAUGGCUGUGGAGGAACAAUGAACAUGUUCAGCAAUCAGUUCAAAUGUAUCCAAACCUGUCCACAAAGUGACCCAGAGAUAUUAGAGAUCUAUGUUCCCUCUGAUGUUGCCAUUGAAAAUCUACUUGAGAAGGAUCAGCUGCUAGACUUGCCUAUAGAGGAUAAAACUUUUAGAAGAAAACUUUUACUUGGUUGUAUGUUUAUCACGACACCUGAUUUAUCUCUAGGUUGUAUGUUCACCUCAACAUCUGAUUUGUCUCUAGGUUGCAUGUUUACCCUGACACCUGAUUUAUCUCUAGGUUGUAUGUUUACCCUGACACCUGAUUUAUCUCUAGGUUGUAUGUUUACCCUGACACCUGAUUUAUCUGUAGGUUGUAUGUUUAUCACGACACCUGAAGGUGUAGGUUGUAUGUUUAUCACGACACCUGAUUUAUCUCUAGGUUGUAUGUUCACCUCAACAUCUGAUUUGUCUCUAGGUUGCAUGUUUACCCUGACACCUGAUUUAUCUCUAGGUUGUAUGUUUACCCUGACACCUGAUUUAUCUGUAGGUUGUAUGUUUACCCCGACACCUGAAGGUUUGGUUUCCCUGAACCCAGACUCAAGUUCUACUCCAAACCAAAGUUUGAUAAUUGAAACCAUAGCUGUCGGUAAAAUGAUUAUCAGACUUACAGACGAAGUUUUGGGUUUGACAAAAGCAGAUUUGAAGGCAGCGGAGAGGUCACACAAAGUGGCAGAAAUGAGACGAUAUAAGUUGCAGAGAAGAGAGGACGGAAAUACAGAAGCGAGAAAAGAGGAUGUGGAACUCAGAGAUCAGUUAGAAGAGGACGAACAUCCAGGACUCAAAGAGCAGAGUAGUUUGAGAAAAUUUGAAGAAGUUGGAAUAGCUCAGCAAAAGAAUGAAGACCCAUUUUCUCCAAAAGGGAUCGAGGAAGCUUCCUUUUCUAGAGGAAAAGAAGUAGUUUACUCAGCUAAUUUUGAAGAGGAGGACGCAAUUUCAGCAAUAGUUCCAAGUGUGAUAAAUGAAUCAGGAAAAGGUUCUGAAGGGAUUGAUAACUCAGAACAAGCUCCAAGAGAGAUCAAUGAAUCAGAACUAGUUUCUGAAGGGGUAGAUAACUCAGAACUAGUUCCAGGAGGAAUCAAAGUAUCAAAACUAGUUUCUGAAGGAAUGGAUAACUUUGCACAAGCUUCAAGAGAUAUCAAUGAGGGAGGGAUAGAUAACUUAACACUAGCUCCCGGAGAGAUCGAUGUAGAAGAACUAGUUUCUGAAGGGAUGGAUAACUCAACACUAGCGCCAAAAGAGAUCAAUGAAGAAGAACUAGUUUCUGAAGGGGUAGAUAACUCAGAACUAGCUCCAAGAGAGAUCAAUGAAUCAGAACUAGUUUUUGAAGGGGUAGAUAACUCAGAACUAGCUCCAAGAGAAAUCAAUGAAUCAGAACUAGUUUUUGAAGGGGUAGAUAACUCAGCACAAGCUCCAAGAGAGAUCAAUGAGGAAGAACUAGUUUCUGAAGGGGUAGAUAACUCAGAACUAGCUCCAAGAGAGAUCAAUGAAUCAGAACUAGUUUCUAAAGGGGUAGAUAACUCAGCACAAGCUCCAAAAGAGAUCAAUGAAGAAGAAAUAGUUUCUGAAGGGGUAAAUAACUCAACACUUGCUCCAAGAGAGAUCAAUGUAGAAGAACUAGUUUCUGAAGGGUUAGAUAACUCAACACUAGCUCCAAGAGAGAUCAAUGAAGAAGAACUAGUUUCUGAAGGGAUGGAUAACUCAACACUAGCUCCAAGAGAGAUCAAUGUAGAAGAACUAGUUUCUGAAGGGUUAGAUAACUCAACACUAGCUCCAAGUGAGAUCAAUGAAGAAGAACUAGUUUCUGAUGGGUUAGCUAACUCAACACUAGCUCCAAGAGAGAUCAAUGUAGAAGAACUAGUUUCUGAUGGGUUAGCUAACUCAACACUAGCUCCAAGUGAGAUCAAUGAAAAAGAACUAGUUGCUCAAGGGACCAAGAGCACGACAGUACUGGCUUCUAUAAAUGUUGAUGCUGUUUCUAAAAAGGAUAAGUUUAAUAAAGUAGGAACUGACGAAACCUCAGAAGAAAACAUAGAUUUAACAAAAGUAGGAAAAGAUCAUGCAUUUAAAGAUAUAUCAAUUGUUGGUGAAGAGGUCAAUAAUUCACAGUUAACUGAGAAAGGCAAACAUGGUGUAGAUGAAGAGCCAAUUAUAUCUGAAAGUGAUGGAGAUGUUCCUUGUGAUGUAGAUAGAACUUAUAAAAACCUGGAGAGCUUUGAUUUUCAAGCCCUUACAUCUGACGAGGAACAAAAGAUUUUGCAAGUUCUUGGAAGAAGACAUUUAGAUUUCAUAUCAUCUUCAAAUGUCGUUGCAAAUGAUUUACAGAAAAGAGCAAAGACGAUAUUUAUUCCUGAACGCGUGGAUCGGUUUGAAAGCUUUAUCAAAGGUCGUCCUCAUCUCAGCAGGAGAGCUCAACUUUGCAGUACAGUAAAGGGAAACCAUUUAUUUGAGUAUAUAACACCAAAACACAACCAAGACCUAACCUCGCUUUGCAACUUGAGGUUAAGCGUACAGCUGAAGAACUGCACAACUAUCCUUGAAAUUGAAGAGGAAGGGAUAAAAAGAAAAGUGGAGUUGAAAUCUGUACUCGAGAUGCCAAAAACGACAAUUUGGACUUACUCCGGAGAUACAAUACUAGAAUUCUUAAACCUGGAUUCUUGUACUCUAUAGUACACUCCGGGGAUACAAUACUAGAAUUCUUAAACCUAGAUUCUUGUACUCUAUAGUACACUCCGGGGAUACAGUACUAGAAUUCUUUAACCUGGAUUCCUGUACUCUAUAAUACACUCCGGAUAUACAGUACUAGGAUUCUUAAACCUGGAUUCUUGUAAUCUAUAGUACACUCCGGAGAUACAAUACUAGAAUUCUUAAACCUGGAUUCCUGUACACAAUAGUACACUCCGGAGAUACAGUAAUAGGAUUCUUAAACCUGGAUUCUUGUACUCUAUAGUACACUCCGGAGAUACAGUACUAGAAUUCUUAAACCUGGAUUCCUGUACUCUAUAGUACACUCCGGAGAUACAGUAAUAGGAUUCUUAAACCUGGAUUCUUGUACUCUAUAGUACACUCCGGAGAUACAGUACUAGAAUUCUUAAACCUAGAUUCCUGUACUCUACAGUACACUCCGGGGAUACAGUACUAGGAUUCUUAAACCUGGAUUCUUUUACUCUAUAGUAAACUCCGGAGAUACAAUACUAGAAUUCUUUAACCUGGAUUUCUGUACUCUAUAGUACACUCCGGAUAUACAGUACUAGAAUUCUUAAACCUGGAUUCCUGUACACAAUAGUACACUCCGGAGAUACAAUACUAGUAUUCUUAAACCUGGAUUCUUGUACCCUAUAGUACACUCCGGAGAUACAAUACUAGUAUUCUGAAACCUGGAUUCUUGUACUCUAUUGUAGACUCCGGAGAUACAAUACUAGUAUUCUGAAACCUGGAUUCUUGUACUCUAUAGUACACUCCGGAGAUACAAUACUAGUAUUCUGAAACCUGGAUUCUUG